AUGCGGCUUCAGCAACCCUGCGGGACUGGCACGCCAGUCACCGAAAGACCAAAUCCCCCAGUACAUGAGAUCCCCAUUGAUAUGCCCGAUGAUGCCACAGGUGAUGUGCCCAAGCGAAUGGCCAUCAUCGGCAUGUCCUGCAGACUGCCAGGAGAAGUUUCCACGGCCGACGAAUUCUGGGACCUUUGCUCACGAGGCCGAAGUGCUUGGUCACCAAUCCCCAAGAGCCGAUUCAACGCCGAUGCUUUCUAUCACCCUGACCCCGAUCGACCAGGCUCCUUCAAUCCAGUCGGAGCACACUUCCUGAAAGAAGACAUUGGAUUAUUCGACGCGCCUUUUUUCAAUAUUACUCUCCAAGAAGCACGGUCGAUGGAUCCACAGCAGCGCAUAUUGCUCGAAUGUGUGUACGAAGCCCUCGAGAACGCCGGAAUCCCAAAUCAUCAGAUCACCGGCCAGAAGGUAGGAGUAUUCGCAGGCGGCUCAUUUCCGGACUAUGAACUCAACAAUACAAGAGAUAUCGAAGCCAUUCCCAUGUAUGCCGCCACUGGAACGGCGAUGGCAUUGCAGGCGAAUCGUGUUUCAUAUUAUUUCGACUUGAACGGUCCUAGUGUUUCCGUAGAUACGGCUUGCUCGUCUAGCUUAUCUGCUCUGCACCUGGCAUCUCAGAGCAUUCGAAAUGGCGAAUGUUCAAUGGCCAUUGUGGGAGGGUGCCACCUGAAUAUAAUCCCCGAAGUUUUCGUCUCAAUGACACGCUCUAGGCUGCUCGCCGAUACUGGUCGCUCAUAUACAUUUGAUCACCGAGGCACAGGCUUUGGCCGCGGUGAAGGUGCUGGAUGUAUUAUAUUGAAGUCUCUGGAGGAUGCAGAGGCUGCUGGUGACGCCAUUCGAUCUAUAAUCGUGAACAGUGGCCUCAAUCAAGACGGACGAACGAGAGGUAUUGCGAUGCCAAACGGCAAGGCCCAGGAAGCAUUGAUUCGUCAAGUCUAUAAAGAGGCACGUAUAGACCCGUCCUUGGUAGGGUUUGUGGAAGCCCACGGUACAGGAACCAAGGUAGGAGAUCCUCUGGAAGCUACGGCAUUGAAUGCUGUCUUUGGAAAGGGACGAACCGCUCGUCAGCCCCUGCUUGUGGGCUCCGUCAAAUCCAACAUUGGUCAUACAGAAGGAACCAGUGGCGUUGUGUCCGUGAUCAAGACGACUCUUGCUCUUGAGCGGGGUUUCGUCCCCCCAAACUGCAACUAUGAGAAGGCGAAUGAUGAAAUACCCAUGGACAAUUGGAAUAUGAAGGUCCCCAAGAAGCUGAUGCCAUGGCCUCGUGGCAAACCAUACGCAAGUGUGAAUAACUUCGGCUUUGGUGGCACCAAUGCCCAUGUCAUCUUAGAGCGCGGUACCCGACACGAAGGCGAACUUUCAGCAAACAACGAUCCCCUGAAGCGGAAAUUGUUUGUUGUCUCUGCAUAUGACAAACAGGCUGCCCUCCAGCUUGGCAAAUCAAUUGGAGCUUAUCUCGACCUUUACCCACCGGUUUUUAAUGACAGCAUCUUGGAUAACAUGGCCUAUACCCUGGGACAACGACGCUCUUUCCUCCCUUGGAGAAUGGCGUCCUCUGCAAGCAUUGGACAAGCGCUCACUGCGUCUCUCUCCAACAAUGCAGAGCCCAUUCGUUCGUCCAAGGAACCCACUAUUGGCUUUGUGUUCACUGGACAGGGAGCGCAAUGGCAUGGUAUGGGCAAGGAGCUUCUUGGUACCUACCCGGUGUUCCAGCAGACAAUGAAAGAUGUGGAUGCUUGCUUGAAGUCCCUGGGUGCUACAUUCUCGAUCACAGAUGAAUUGCUCCUCAGUGACCCCGGUGCAAGUUCUAUAUCCGCUGCAUACAUGAGCCAGCCGGCUUGUACAGCCGUCCAGCUAGCGUUGGUCGACCUGCUUUCGUCCUGGGGGAUUAGACCUAAGGCUGUAGUCGGCCACUCUAGCGGAGAGAUUGCAGCAGCAUACGCGGCAGGAAUUCUCAAUCUCGAGGAAUGUGUUCGCAUCGCAUAUUCCCGUGGUGUCGCAGCAAAACUUGUCGCAGAUAACAAACUCAUCAAGGGAGGUAUGUUGGCUGUCGGAGCUAGUGCCUCAGAUAUGCAGCAGAUUUUGGAUGCCAUGCGAGGCAAUCGAGCCGUCAUUGCCUGCGUGAACAGUGAAUCUAGUGUGACUUUGUCCGGAGAUGCGGAAGUUAUCACGGAUCUGCAGACUGCAUUGGACAAGGAAGGAAUCUUUACUCGCAGACUCUUGGUUGAUGUCGCGUAUCACUCUCAUCAUAUGCAGAUUGUGUCACAGCAAUAUCGAUCACUGCUCGGCAAGAUUGCACCCCGAGAUUCUCAUGUCCCAUUCCACUCUACCGUGCAUGGAAAGCUGGUCCCAGGAAGUACUCUCGAUGCCGGGUAUUGGGUGGAUAACCUGGUUUCCCGCGUCGAGUUUGUGAAGGGACUGAAGAGCCUUGUGACAGAUGGACAGGCAGUCAAUCCCAUCGGCACUUUGGUCGAAAUCGGCCCCCACCCCGCUCUUCAAUCUCCAGUUAAAGACAUUGUACAGCAACACGCUCCUCAACUCAAUGUUCAAUAUCUCCACACAUUGAAGCGAAAGAUGGAUGGCAUCGAGGCUGUUCAAAAUCUCGCUGGUUCAUUGUUCAUGCAGGGCAUGAAUCUUAACUUCCAGGCCAUCAACUUCCCAAACUUGAACACAACCUCAAGGAAGCCAGCUCUGUUGACCAAUCUGCCGAAGUAUCCCUGGAAUCACUCUGAAAGAUACUGGUUUAGCUCUCGGAUUGGUGACAAUCACUUCCAUCGCCAGUUCCCUCGGAGCGAUAUUCUUGGGUCAUUGUGUAUGGAGAAUAUCGACUUCGAGCCCCGAUGGAGGAACGUGAUCCGUGCCGACGAUCACCCUUGGAUUCGAGAGCACAGGGUGCAUGACAGCAAUGUGUAUCCUAUGACUGGAUUCUUAGCCAUGGCAAUCGAGGCAAUCUCCCAGCACGCCCAGCUGCACCACAUCACCCCUGGGAAAAUCGAUAUUCGCGAUAUCUUCAUUAACCGUGUUCUUACCAUUCCCGAGAGUUCUGGUGUGGAGACCAUGCUCAGCUUGAAACCCUCUCGAACGGAAGCUCCUAGAAAAUCAGUACUCGGCUGGCACGAGUUCAAGGUUUUCUCAUGGGCCGAAGGUCGCGGAUGGGAUCAACACUGCAAUGGUUUCAUCAUGGUGCAUGAAGUCAAGGAUGUGAACCCCGUGGACGGGUCCCGGCAACAGCUGGAGCAGACGGCACGGUUUACUCAACAAGCACUGGACAUGCGCAGUGCUUGCAAUGUGCCUGUGGAUAGCACUGCCCUCUACGAUACAAUCAGUGCUGGCGGUGUUCAUUAUGGCCCGAUAUUCCAAGGACUGACUGACGUCUCGGUCAGCACGAACGCUGAAGCAAUGGCUACCAUUCGUGUCCCCGACACAAAAGCAGCCAUGCCGCAUGAGCACGAGAGUCCCUGUAUUGUGCACCCCGUUACCCUUGACUUGUGUAGCCAAGUCAUGUGGGUGCUACUUGGCUAUGGCCAACCUGGGCCAAAGACUACUCAUGUACCAUCACACGUCAAGCAAGUAUCGGUUUCUUUGAGUCAAGAAAUCAGCGCUGGUACCGUGCUCCAACUUUAUGGAACCCGGUCAGGAAGUGAAUCCGCAAGUGACCCUGAGAACAACCGCAUAUUUGCCACCUCCCCUAAUAACCCGACCAAUUUGCUGAUCGAUAUCAACGGCAUUACCCUGGUCCCAGUGUCAAAUGACAUCAAGGGGUCAAAGGACAACUCGCCAGACCAGAUUUGCUACAAGCUGCAAUAUAAGCCUUGCUUUGAUUUCCUCUCUGCCAAUGAUUACCGGAAGCUUCCUCGCCCAGAGGCCGAUGCUCACCAGGCGAUCAAGCGGAUGAAUCAGCUUGAAUCUGUGGCAGAGCAUUACCUGGCACAGAUGCUCGACUCUGUAUCUGAAGACGAGCUGUCAAACUUCGAGCCACAGCAUAAACAAUUUUACCACUGGGCCCAAAAGACAUGCCAAAAGGCUGGAACGAAAGAUCCCUUGCCACUAGAUGUCCUCGAGCAGAACAGAAUUGUCAAUGGAGCGGGUGAGUUGACCUUUAGAGUGGGUGAGCUCUUGCCGCAGAUUCUCCGGGGCAAGGUGGAUGCCCUGACUGUGCUGCUGGAGGAUGAUGGAAUUGGCGGAUAUUACCGCGACCUUGAUGCCCUCCGCGAGGCCUAUUCGAAUGUGUCUGUCUGUAUUGACAAGAUGGCACAUCAGAACCCUGAGCUGAACAUAAUUGAGAUUGGUGCCGGAACGGGUGGUGCCACUAUGCCCAUUCUACAGAGUCUGGGUGGAGGCGAAGCAGGAUCUACGCCUCGAUUUGGACACUAUACCUACACUGAUAUUUCUCCUGGCUUCUUUGAAAGGGCGAAGGCAAAGUUCGAGAACUGGGCCCAUCUGAUGACAUACCAGACACUCGAUGUUUCUGCUGAUCCCACGGGUCAGGGCUUCAAUACUGGCACAUAUGAUGUUGUCGUCGCUUGCAACGUACUCCAUGCUACUUCUGACAUCAGCCAAACAAUGGCAAACAUUCGGGCUUUGUUGAAGCCUGGUGGCAAAAUCGUGCUCAUUGAGGAAACAGUGCCCAAGGCUCGCCACUUCCCCUUCGCACUCCUCUCUGGCUGGUGGUUGGCCAGUGACAAGUUCCGCAAGGAUGGGCCCCUUCUCACCGUCGAAGGAUGGAGUAACGUGAUGAAGGAGAACGGCUUCUCUGGUGUGGAUCUUUGUAUUGAGGAGUACCCCGGUGAAUCUUUCCAAUCAGGUUGUCUAAUGACAUCCACGGCUAACAGCCCCAUCACCGGUCCUGUGAACCCUGGUGAUGUUGUCAUUAUUGGAAAUGACUCGAUCAGCAGCUUGUCAUCCCUCAGCCUUGAGACUGGUCUCAAGAAUAUUGCCGGUGUUGCACCCGUCACCGCGAUGGACUCCGACGAGGUUGAUAUGACUGGGAAAUGGUGUAUUUUCCUUGGAGGGAUGGACCGCUCCGUCCUAUCGCACCUAACCGAACAUAAAUUCCAGACACUUCAGCGUCUUCUGAGCCGGGCUCGCGGAUUGCUGUGGGUUGUUCGUCACACCAAAACCGAUCUGGAAUCUCUUGGCGCAAACAUGGCGAUCGGCCUGGCUCGCACUGUGAGGUCAGAGACCGGCCUUCAAUUCGCUACGCUGGAUUUGGGUGAAAGGGAGAACAUGCCUGAUGCUGAGGCUGUGAAUCACAUGCUGAAUGUUUUCAAUGGAGUCUUCUGUCAGAAAUCACAGCUCAUGCUGAAUGACUGGGAAUUCGUUGUCCGCGAUGGCAAUGUCUGUGUUCCACGUCUGGUCGAUAAUAACACUCUGAACUUGAGUGUCCAGCAAGAGACACCAAAUGCUCCUCCUGAGAUGCAACCUUUCAAGCAGGAUCGAGCUUUGCGACUUGCUUCUGGAGAGGGCAGAGGCCUCGAUGAGCUUUACUUCACCGACGAUCUUUCCCACAGCUCACCCUUGGCUGAAGAUCACAUUGAGAUCAAAGUCUACAGCACCGGCCUCAAUUUCCGGGAUGUCUUGAUGGCCAUGGGCCAGCUUCAAGGUGAUAGACUUGGCCAGGAGUGCAGUGGUAUUGUCACUCAAGUAGGGUCCGCAGUAUCCGACUUUAAGGCCGGAGAUCGCGUCUGCGCAAUGUCACCGGGAUCAUUGUCAACUUUCACUAGAUGCCCGGCCUCCUCAUCAUGGGUUAUUCCUGAAAACAUGACAUUCGAAAUUGGUGCCUCUAUCCCUGCUGUCUUCUGUACUGCUUAUUACUCUCUUGUCGACCUGGGCCGACUGGCCAAAGAUGAGAGCGUAUUGAUCCACGCCGCCGCAGGAGGAGUCGGGCAAGCCGCCAUAAUCAUUGCUCAAAGUAUUGGAGCGAAAAUCUUCGCCACGGUUGGCAGCGUCGAGAAGAAGAAUUUCCUCAUGGAAACUUACCAGCUGAAGGAAGAACAGAUCUUCUUUAGUCGCGAUACCUCGUUUGCCCAGGGUAUUCAGCAUGCCACUGGGGGCCAGGGUGUGGAUGUUGCGAUUAACUCACUUAGCGGUGAUGCUUUGCAAGCUACAUUUGAGUGCGUUGCACCUUUCGGUCGUUUCAUUGAACUCGGCAAGCGGGAUAUUACGACCAACUCUCGACUUGAGAUGGCCCACUUUAACAAGAACCUGUCGUUUGCCUCUGUUGACCUGGGAAUGGUCCGGGAGAAGCGUCCGCAGUUGACGAAGCGCCUGCUGCGUGACGUUUUCAAGCUGUUCGUUGAGACUGACGCGCAGUCAAGGUGGCCUGUCACUACUCUGCCGAUCUCGGAAGUUGAGACUGGAUUCCGGGCUUUGCAGGGCGGCCAGGUUAUUGGCAAAAUGGUCGUCCAGGUUACGGACGAUUCUAUGGUAAAGGUUCAUCCUGCUAGAAGAGACGAAAGCCUCCUCCGCGCUGAUGCCUCGUACAUCAUUGUUGGUGGGACUGGCGGUAUUGGUCUCGACAUCGCUAGUUGGAUGCCGGAGAAAGGAGCCAAAAGUCUUAUAUUGGUUUCUCGAAGCGGCGUUAAGACUGAAAAGGCGAAGCAGACUAUUCGGGAUAUCGCUCGCCAGGGUGUCAACGUCGAGGUUUGUUGCUGCGAUGUUGCGGAUAAGCAGAGUAUGGAGCAGAACCUUGUUCCCCUCCUCGCUCGUAUGCCUCCUGCUCGUGGUGUUGUAUACGGUGCUAUGGUUCUCCGGGAUACGCUAUUUGAAAAGCUUAGCUUCGCUGACUUCCAAACCGUGAUGAUGCCUAGAGUUCACGGAAUUUGGAACCUUCAAAAGGCAUUGACAGCAACCAAUGGUAGCGUGGACUUCUUCGUCAACCUAUCUUCAGCUGCCAGUUUUGUUGGGAACAUGGGCCAAUCCCCCUAUGCAGCCAGUGGAACCUUCAUGGCAGCACUUGCUCAGUACCCCGAGACGGCCAAGAUGCGCUGCUCGACUAUCGAUCUGCCCGUUGUUCGAGGUGUAGGAUAUCUCUCCGACGACCAAAAGCGUGAAGCAAUUACCAAACAACUUGGUACAGAGUCCGUCGAUGCAACAGACAUCCGUGGUCUUGUCACGGCAGCCAUUCGCAACGAGUUUGACGUCUCAUGCGAUGGCCACUGCGUUGCUGGCUUUGAAGCCGUGAAAACGACACCUGUCAACGAACAGCCCUUCUGGGUGAACGAUACCAAACUGUCGCAUCUGUUGCGUCUCUCCACCCUCGCCGGCGCGGGUGCAUUGUCCGAGUCUGCGCAGAAUGGCACGGAGAUCUCGCCAGCAGUUGCCAUCCGACAAGCGAAGGGCCGCGAAGGAGCCGAGUCUGUUAUUGGAACUGCUGUGAUGAGCAAGAUAUCUAGCAUUCUCAUGCGUCCACUGGAAGAGCUCGAUCCUGCUCUCCCCAUCUCCGUUUACGGACUGGAUUCGCUGGUCGCUAUUGAGAUCAGAAACUGGAUCACCCGCGAGUUGGAGGCUAACUUGCAGAUCCUGGAGAUCUUGACCAGUGAUUCGGUGCCGGCUCUCUCUCAGGCAAUUCUCAAGAAAUCGGGGAUUGUGACUCCAGAUCUUAAGGCUGGGUGGGGCCUUGAUGUGGCAGAAGGUCGGACUGGUCAAGAAUGA